AUGGCAAAUUGUUCCAAAAACACAAAAUGGAAGUACCAUGUUUUCUUGAGUUUUAGAGGAGAAGAUACACGCUUAGGUUUCACUGAUCACUUAUAUGCAGCCUUGGUGCGCAAGAGUCUAAUAACAUUCAGAGAUAAUGAAGAACUUGCAAGAGGUGAAGUCAUCUCACAAAAACUCCUCAUUGCAAUUGAGGAAUCUCUUUCUGCAGUUGUCAUAAUCUCCAAAAACUAUGCUUCCUCAUCUUGGUGUUUGGAUGAGUUAGUUAAGAUUCUUGAAUCCAAACAUGUGUUGGGACAAGAAGUGUUUCCAAUCUUCUAUGGUGUGGAUCCCUCUGAUGUAAGGAAUCAAAGGGGUACUUUUGCAGAAGCUUUUAGGAAACAUGAAAAAAAAUUUGUACGAAACAAAGACAAGGUGCAAAAGUGGAGAGAUGCAUUAAAAGAAGUUGCUAACUUGUCAGGGUGGGACUCUAAGGAUCAACAUGAAACAAGACUCAUUGGAGAAGUUGUAGCACAAGUAUGGAAAAAACUGGAACCAAAAUUCCCAACAUAUAAUGAUGGAUUGGUUGGAAUUGACACAAGAUUAGAAGAUUUGUAUUCAACUCUGAAGCUAGAAUUGGAGGAUGUUCGUUUCAUUGGGAUAUGGGGCAUGGGUGGUAUAGGAAAAACAACUCUCGCUGCUACUCUUUUCAAGAAAAUCAGGAACCAUUUUGAUGUUAGUUGCUUUGUUGCCAAUGUUAGAGAGGUGUCGGGGGAAAGAAACCAAGGUUUGCUACAGUUACAAGAUAAAAUUCUUUCUCAUCUAAAUAUAAAAGGAAUGGUAACUGAAACUUUAGGCCAAGGAAAGGACAGCUUAAGAAACAUUUUAUCCAACAAAAAGGUUCUACUUGUCCUUGAUGAUGUAAGUUCAAAAACCCAACUUGAGAAUUUGGCUGGAAACCAAGAAUGGUUUGGUCCAGGGAGUAGAAUUAUAGUCACAACUAGGGAUAAGCACUUGUUGAUAUCCCAUGGAGUAUUGUUUGAAAUGUAUGAAAGUAAAAUCUUAAAUAAUAAUGAAUCCCUUCAACUCUUUUGUGAGAAAGCAUUUAAAGAAGCUGAUCCUGAAGAGGAUUAUUUGUUGUUGUCUAAAAAUGUAGUUGAAUAUGCUGGAGGUCUUCCCUUGGCUCUUGAAGUGUUGGGUUCUUUUCUUUGUGGAAGAAGUAUAUCUGAUUGGGAAGAUGCUUUGAUUAAGAUUAAACAAGUUCCACAUGAUGAUAUCCUAAAAAAACUUAGAAUAAGUUAUGACAUGUUAGAAGAUGAGCUCAAGACCAUAUUUCUAGAUAUUGCCUGUUUUUUUAAGGGAUGGUACAAACAUAAAGUGACACAACUAUUGGACAAUUGUGGCCUUCACGCAACUGUUGGAUUAAAUGUUCUUAUAGAAAAAUCACUUGUGACUUCCGAUGGAAGAGUUAUUGGGAUGCAUGAUCUACUUGAAGAAAUGGGUAAAACUAUAGUUUUUCAGGAAUCACCUAAUGAUCCUGGUAAACGGAGUAGAUUGUGGUCUCUAGAGGAUGUUGAUGAAGUGCUGAGAAAAAAUAAGGGAACUGAAAUUGUCCAAGGUAUAGUUCUGAAGCCUGCACCAUCUAAGCCAUAUGAAGCUUUACAUUGGGACCCUGAGGCUUUCUCAAAAAUGUGUAAUCUCAGACUACUAGUUGUAUUACGUAAUUUGCAUCUACCCUUUGGUCUCAAAUGUCUUUCUAGCUCACUAAAAGUUCUUGUAUGGUGCGGAUAUCCAUUGAAUGCUCUACCACUUGGAGUUCAACUAGAUAAGCUUGUUCACCUACAAAUGAACAACAGCAAAGUUAAGCAACUAUGGAAUGGAACUCAGUAUGUUAGAAAGCUGAAAAUAAUUAAUCUGAAUAAUUGCAAAGAUCUACGUCAAACUCCAGAUUUUUCUGGAGCGCCAUAUCUUGAAGAGUUGUAUCUGAAUGAUUGUACAAAACUUGCUGAAGUUCACCAUUCAAUUGGACAACACAAAAAGCUCCAGAUAUUGAGCUUGAUAGGAUGUGUAAACCUUAAAACCUUUCCAAGUAAAUUGGAAAUGUGUUCCCUGAAAACGUUCUUGCUUUCUGAUUGUUCAAACAUUGAGAGACUUCCAGAUAUGGGGGAAAACAUGACAUGCCUCUCUGUCCUUAACUUAAUGAAUUGUGAUAAAAUAUUUUGCCUCCCAAACAGCAUUAGUAACUUGAAGUCUCUCAAGACUCUCAACAUAUCAGGAUGCUCAAAAGUUUGUUCCCUACCAGACAAUAUAAACCAAAACAAGGCUUUGGAGGAUCUUGACUUGAGUGGAACUGCUAUUAGAGAAUUGCAUCCAUCCCUACUUCAGUUACACAAUCUCAAAAGGUUAUCUUUCAGGGAAUGUAGUAAACCAACAUGCUUAACAUUGCCUCCUUUUGUCUCAGGUCUUUCCUCAUUAACUGUUUUGGAUUUGAGCUAUUGCAAUCUCACUGAUCAGUCAAUUCCUUCUGAUCUUCAUUGCUUAUCAUCAUUGGAGAGACUAAUUUUGAGUGGCAACAAUUUUAUCCAUUUCCCUGAUCAUUUCAUUGCUAAUAUUCCAAAGCUUCGUUGCCUUGAAUUGGAAGAUUGUUCACAGCUUCAAUCGUUGCCAGUGCUUCCACCACAUGUGCGCUUGUAUGUAACAGAUUUAGCUGAGAGGGAAGCUAAACAGUUAGAUGAAGAAAAGCUAUGGAAGUUGUUUGAAUCAAGUGACAAAGAGCUCUUUCAGUCACCUGUAUAUCGCAUGUUUGAUUAUGAUGAUCCUAUGUACGUGGAACUCCCACCACGGUCAGAUAAUCAGAAAUUUUUACCCUUGAGCUCAUCAUAUGCGUCAGAAAGUGAUUCAUUUGCAUCAGUAACAAUGGAAGUUCCUGAUGAUUGUCGUUCAAGUGAUUGGUGGGGAGUUGUUGUAUUUUUUGCCUUAGAAGCUCCUGAAUUUACUACGGACAAUCCCAUGCUUCUUAUUUGGAGCUUUGAGUCUCAGGAUCCUGCAGAUGGAACCUCCUUAUUUUUGGUCGCAGUUUCAACAGAAAGUAAAGAACUUCACAUGUUAACAAUGAUCGUGAGUGGUGAUUAUAUAUACAUUCGGAGACACCAAAUUGGGAACAGCGAGCUCAAUGGGCGUCCCUUUAGCAAGCAUCCAAAGAGAGAGUUGAGGGAAAUCAGAAUGCUGCGUUUUGAAGUUGUAACCCCUGGCUGCAAGAUAAGGAAGUGUAGGUGGCGUGUGUUGCGCAAGGAAGAUAGUCUUCAAGAAUUGCAAAUGUUGUACAACAGCAAACUUUUUGAGACACCUUCUGAUUCUGAGCAUUCAAGUGGUAUGAGCAAAUCAACUAUGGAUGAAUCUGAGGGAGUGGAAGCUACUGCUUCUGAUGAGCAUAACAUUGAAAAACCUGAUGAGAACUUGUUGGGAAAAAUGUUUCACCAUAUUAGACAAGGAGUGGGUUUAAGCGCGCUAGCUUUGAUGUCAAUGAUGAUAGGUGCUACACUAUACCUUUCGCCUAAGCAAGGCUUUAAACUGCACAGCCCAACAAAUGAGGCCACAACUAAACUAUUAAAAUCACGUUAUGGAAUCGGAAUUAAGGUCAAUAAACCGCAAUUUCUACGCAAACAUAACACAAAUGCAAGCCAGCGAUUGUCAUUUUCAGCACAUCAGCCACCAAGGAGGUUGAGUUUCUAUCGGUUAUUUAACUAG